AUGGCUCUGAUAUUUCUCUUUGCUAUUUUGUUCUUUAUGGCCCCUUCAAGCAAUGCCUACUGGCCACCUUCACCUGGCUACUGGCCAAGUUCCAAAUUCAGGUCUAUGAGCUUUUACAAAGGGUUUAGAAAUCUUUGGGGCCCUCAGCACCAAAGCUUAGACCAAAAUGCAUUAACAAUUUGGCUUGAUAGAACCUCAGGAAGUGGCUUCAAGUCAAUUAGUCCAUUUCGAUCCGGGUACUUUGGUGCUUCCAUUAAGCUCCAUCCUGGUUAUACCGCAGGAGUUAUAACAGCUUUCUAUCUUUCUAACAAUGAAGCACAUCCUGGCUUCCAUGAUGAAGUGGACAUUGAGUUUCUUGGGACAACAUUUGGAAAGCCUUAUACUUUACAAACCAAUGUUUAUAUAAGAGGAAGUGGGGAUGGGAAAAUUAUAGGCAGAGAGAUGAAGUUCCAUCUCUGGUUUGAUCCUACCAAAGAUUUUCAUCACUAUGCUAUUAUGUGGAGUCCUAAGGAAUUAAUAUUCCUUGUGGAUGAUGUGCCCAUAAGGAGGUACCCAAGGAAGAGUGCUGCAACAUUUCCACUGAGGCCAAUGUGGCUUUAUGGUUCAAUAUGGGAUGCUUCAUCAUGGGCAACUGAAGAUGGAAAGUACAAAGCUGAUUACAGAUACCAACCUUUUGUUGCAAGGUACACAAACUUCAAGGCUAGUGGUUGUUCAGCCUAUGCCCCUAGUUGGUGCCAUCCAGUCUCAGCCUCACCAUAUGGGUCUGGUGGGUUGACUAGACAACAACACAGGGCCAUGAGAUGGGUGCAAAGAUACCACAUGGUUUAUAACUAUUGCCGAGACCCCAAAAGAGACCAUAGACUAACACCUGAGUGUUGGGGUUAA